AGACAGUCUGCGGCAGUCGAGCGAAGUGAACGGACGUGUUAAGCGGAUUGCGCACAAACGUUGGCGGUUAGAGCGCAAGCAAUUUGCACGCGAACAAGUAACGAGUGAAGUUAAAUCAAGUUGAACGGUGCUUACGAUUUACGAAAAAUAACGAGCCUUAAAGUGAAAAGAAAAAAAAUUAUACUAUAAUUGAGUUGGCAAGUGAAUUCAGUAACUAGUUCAAUUAGGCUGUGUCGCUUUGUAUGUAUGCAACCGAUGCAACGACAGACUGUGUGUGCGCGCAGCAACAGUUGGGCAUGCUCCGUCGAGUGGCACGGUCGUUAGACGGCUGCCAACACGAGAACCUAAGUGAAAAGCCAACGCCGAGCGCGUAUGUGAAUGUGCCAAGCGAAAAUGUGUGCAAAACAGCGCGGCAUGCCAUAAAGAAGAAAGUGACUAGCCGGCAGACGGUUGAAACGACAAAGCUCAAGAUGACGCACGCGAUAAAUGUGGUUCCGCAACGCGGCUCAUGGCAGCGCGCCAUAUGGCCCAUGACCUUGCUGUGCUGGUGUUUUAUUAUAUUAGGCAAUGCGCCAGCAAAUGGGCUGAACUACGUCGUUGACACGACCGGGAGUGAAGAGCUGAACACGCAAGCCGGGGCUCGAGCCAUGGGCUUGUACGGGGCACGCGAACCGCGUUUCGGUGAUCGUUUGUUGCCGUUGCGCAAAAAGACCGGUGCGAUAGCGAAUGUGGCGGCGCCCAGGCAAAGGCAAGUGAAUAGUAUUUUGAGUAAAAGUAAUUAUGUGGUCAGUUAUGCGAGUGCUAAUACAAAUAACGCGGCUACAAGUGCGAAAGUUACGGCACGUGCCGCAAACACAAACACAACUGCUGAAGUGAAUGUAGCGCGUAAUAACGAAGUGGGUGUGAGUGUUAGUGUUGAGCCCAAAACUGAUUUGUAUACAAUGGAGGUGCAUCAAGCUGACUAUACAGCACCGCCAGUGACCGCAGAACGUCGUGGCAAGCAGCUGAGUCGACGCGAGGAUACCAACAUCGGCGGGCUGUUGCUAGACUCCACUACUUUCAGCAGUAAGGACACGAAUAUUUCGAAAGCAGAUCGCCUAGUAGUCAUGUCCACCGAGUUCUUCGUAGUGCCAACAAGCACACCACUACCAACCAACGCGCAUCGAACGAGAGCGCCAGCACGCACAGGUGCUAAGGCGGCAGUACUGCCUGACUAUAUACAGCCACCGCCUGCCGGUGUACCGACUGCUGGACCACGUUCGGUGUUAAUUGUAGCGCCGCGGCCGUUGAAUAUCUCGAAUGCAGCGAAUAGCAUCAGCGCGGGCUUGCCACCGUCCAUAGUGCCCACACAUCUGCCAUUCACUGGGCUGCGCAAGGAGCCUUGGGUAGUGCCCGUGCUGGUAUUGGCCGCACUCACAAUGCUAAUGAUGACAGCCUUUGAGAUUUUUGUGCUGUUCAAGGCGUGGCGUACGUCACCUUCGCGCCGCCAUCUGUUUCUCGGUCAGAUGCUACUGUUGGGACUGUUUGCUUGCGCCGGACUGGGUGCCGUGUUAACAGCGCAACCCUCACUGCUCAGCUGUGGCGCAAUACGUUUCGGCGUGGGUGUUGCUUAUGCGCUGGUAUUUGCGGCAUUACUCGUCAAGUGCGUCUUCCUCAUUAGUCUCAAUGGUGGCGUGUACCUACCGGCACCCUAUCAAGGUUUACUGUUGCUCUUCGCCGUGCUCAUACAAGUCGCCAUAGGCACACAGUGGCUACUCACACAACCGCCGGAGAUCUAUACGCAAAGUGUACCCAUACUUGGUAAUAGCCUGUUGGCACCAACCGUAGCUUCCAGUAGCGCCACAUCUGCGGCGCAUACUUUCGCAGCGCUUUUUCAACCACACAGCGCUACACCCAACAAUGGGCCGUCCGCAGCAGCGCUCGGCUCCAGUCUCGGCUCGGAUCUGUAUGCACGUAUCACUGCAGCCGGUACGAUGCUGAUACCGUUAUGCAAAACACAAUUCUCGGAGCUGCUCUUUUCGCUCAUCUACAUUGUCUUCCUGAUUGUGUUCGUCGCCGUGUUGGCCAUCAAAUCGCGUGGCAUACGCGACAAUUAUCGCGAGGCCACCUACAUUGGUUUGGCCAUUGGCGGCGCUAUACCCAUUUGGUUGGGCUGGAUGCUGUGCGGUUUGGCGGUGGCGGAUCGCCAUAAGGAUGCUUGUAUUGCUUUUGGUCUAAUAGCGACAUCAGCAACUGUCUUUCUAGUUAUGUUUAUGCCGAAAGGCCGUCAACUGGCGGCUAUGGGCAAGGAGGGUCUGUACGUGGAGGAUCGUGAGGAGCAGUUCAGCUCGCUGAGUCGUGCUGGCUCCGGUUACUCACCCUCAUUCUUCCACUUUAAGCCGAUCAAGUACGGAGUAAUGGGCGGCGGCAUGCAGAAUUCGGCAACAAAUACGGGGAACGGCGCCAGCAUGAAGCACUGCUCGAAUGGUCUGGGUGGAGGCGGCGGAGAUCGCGUUGCCUUGGUCACCGCAGCACCACCGAGCUAUACACGUAUGUAUCACUAUUUUCCAGCACAUUUAUCAGCGCACCCGUUUUGUUUUUAUCCACAACCACCCCCACCACCACCGCCACCACCAAUUCCACCGCCAACGUUGACACAAUUGCCCUCACCACCGACACUCAAACAAUUGGGCAACUCACUGUCGUCAAUGACACAAGCACAUAUCGCACAGACACUCCGGUAUCCAGGUAAGGUUUAUUUAUACGACCCGAUGAGACCAAUCUUUACACGACGUUGGAACCAACACUGAGCAGUAAUCCGAAUGUGUACUUCCAACGCGGCGGUGCGGUACAUCCGGGCAUGAUGUACUAGAUACAACCAACGAACUUCAAGCGAAAGUUGAAAAAUUCACACGAAACAAAAGUGAAUUGAGAAGACGACGACGAUAUUGGCUGCUGCCAGUGGUAGCAAAGGGCCGCGCAACAGUCGAGCACUGAGCAACUCAAAGUAUAAAAGUAUAACUUAUUGCAAUACGAAACGCUAAGCUAAGUUAAAAACUGAAAAGAAAAUUUAAUUUUUAUGAACUUAGUAAUAAGGAAAACAAUUUUGUAGCACAUAAGCCCCACAUUUUAGUUUGUAAGAACUCCAAGUGCACAUUUGCUCCCAGGGAGUGUAUUUUACUAUAAGAAUUCACUACACGUAUUACUUAGGUUAAGCUGUAUUUAAGCGCUUGAGCGAAAACGAAAGGAGAAAUAUGAGUAAGCGUAAAUGAGGAGGUGAAAAGCUAACGAAAAUAUUAGCAUGAGCACAAGAAAUCGCUAAGCAAAGACUUAAACUGUAUUUCAAAUAUAAAAAAUAAAGUAGAGACUUAAGAAGCGAACACUCAUAGCAUAUUAAGAGCAAUUAAGGCCAGAUUUACUAUGAAAAUAGCAAAACGGGGUAUUUCUUUUAGACAUGUGUCAAGAAGGCAUGAAACGUAUGUAUAUCAGUUAAGUUAUGGUAAAAAAUUUGGUUCGCCAUUAGGUUUUAAUCAUGAUUUUGGGCUAGUGACUGCCGCGGCUCGCACAAAAAGAGAACAGAACCGGGACUGUUUUUUCGUUUUCACUGGAGACGUUUUUUAUGUGACAGGUCCCAAACCCCAGCGCACAAAUCUGGGGAGAGAUGGUUUGCCUUCUCACCUCAUCUCACCUUAAAACGGAUGUUCUUUGGCUACCCAGAGGAUAUUUGGUUUAAGACUGGAAGUCCUGAGCUGCUGGAGCCAUAAGUAAAAGAAUCGUUUCUGGCCACUCCCAAUUGAAUAGCGCUAAGAGAACUUGAACAAAAUUUUCUUGUGAAAAUGGAAAUCGGUGGCCAGCUCGCCGAACGUGCGACGCGCUUCAUUGCUGUUUGGCCUCAAUUGUUAUAAGAGUUGAAUUUUUUAAGCCGGUAAAGCAAGAUUAUUUCGAAAAUCAUUCAUGGGCGCAGCUUCAAUAGUUCGAGCAUGAUGGCGGAUGGACUCAUUCGGGUCUUCUUCGAUACUUUAAAGCACAGCAACAAUAGUGUUUUCGGUGAGUUCCGAACCGCGACGGUCAGAAGAUACCAAAUCCGAAAAAAGUAUUGCUUUUUUGAAAACCACAAGUCUAAAAAAAAAAACCAAUUAAAAUCUGGAGAAUAUUAGCGCUACAACAACUCCAUAUAUGGGCAACAGAACACAGCGUUAGAAAUGAAACUACGCUCACUUAAUGCUUGCACAAUUUGCACACAAUUUCGAUGCGCCACGAAAUUGAAAGCGAUGGGCUGGUUAAUGAACACCCAUUGCAGUGUUCAAGCGCGCUCUUGUUAAUUCAACAGCGCGCGGAACUCAGACUAAGCACAUGACGGCUUGUGGAACCCACUUCUCAGACUAAGCAUUUGCUGGCGCGCUACGCAAAAGGGCGCGUUCAGAGCAAGUCAAAAAUAAAAAGCAAACAAACAAUUUGGAGCAAGCGCUAAGGCGUUGAACGCAUUCAGUGCGAGAUAUGCUGCGCGCAGCCACAGCAACACCUGUCGCCGUGCGCGCGCCUCAGUGAAAGUGUUUCGUUGCGUAAGUCGACGGCCGAUAGUCAUAAGCAAACAAAAUUGAACAAAAGAGCAAGCAAGUGUAAGCCGAAGAAAUGUUGUGCGAUCGUAAGCUUUCGGUUUUUAUUUUGAUUGCCAAUUUCUAUACACACGCUCGCCACACAACAGAGCAGACAUAAGCUUUGUUAAGGAAAAAUUAACCAUAACGUUUUUUUGUGUGUUUGUAUGUCGCACAGCGCGUUGCUAACGCAUAAGUAGCAAGGUGCAGCGCCGCCAAAUAUGGUGCGCGCGUAAAUGGAAUGAGCGCGGCGCUCACUUGAAAUGUGUAACGAAAGCAACGCACGCAUUGUUGUUGUGCUCUUCAAUAAAUUUUAUGCGCCGCUUAAAUUAGUUGAAAGCAUUAAGUUUCGAUUUUUCGAUUGCUCGAUUUUUUUUUUAGCUUAAGUACCAAUGCACUUACGUAAGUUUAAGUCAAUUUUUAAUUGCUAGUAAUUACUUGUAAAUAAACGCUAAUGUUAAUAAUUACAAAAGUAAUAACAAUAACACGAAAUUGUAUGUAGCUGUAAGUCCAAUACAUAUAUACAUAAGUCUAGUGUUAAGUAAGUCUCUUAAUACUUAUGCAUUACAAUAAGCGCUUCCAUAUUCGUAUAUUCGUAUAUUUGUGUGUUUCUCUUUUUAAGUAUUAGUUGUAAGCAUGUAAGUGAUGUAACUGUGUAUUUGUAAGUAUUCAAUGACUUGUCAAUACGAACUCUUUAUACUAUGACAAUGUAUGAAAAGCGUAAAAGUUUAAAUAAAAUAUAACGAGAUAACGGAAAUUUGUAUGUAAAUA